AUGAACGCGCCUAACAGCGAGAUUCUCGAGAAACAAGCACGAGAUUGGCGAGACACACUCCGAUCUGGUCUUUAUUUGUUGAUAUCGAAGAUCCAUGGUCACCCAGACCCCUUGAAGGAGCCACAAACGGCCAGAACCACGACAAAGAGCUCAGACGAUGCGCCAAAGCUGUGGACUAAGGCCGAAAACUGCCAGGUGGAGAGGCGCACACUAUAUGUCUCGAACCCUAACGAAUGGACUGCUUUGGUUCUUGUCGAAACAGCAAGUCCAACCCAAGCACCGGUCCUGUUGGACUUCAUCGAUCGGUACCUCAAGUUCGAAACAUCGAUCUCCGUCAAUGUCAAUAGGUCAUAUACGGAUUCUCGCCAGAACCACCAACGUGUACCACUGCGGCAAUCAUUUGAACUGCCCUACAUGCAUCUAUUGGGAACCCUGGAAGACCUACCGAAGCCGGGUAGGUGGAUAUGCGAGUCACAAGUGUCCCUACUCGUAUCGAUCGUUGACCUCAACGGCUGGACCGCUUACGUCUUCGAGGACACUUACUACAAGGAGCAUCAGCUCCCCCAAUACUGGGAUGACUUCUGCUCCCAGCCUGGCUACUAUUACCCCGAUGCACUGACUUCGGGAAAACUUGAUUCGACUCGUUUUCUCGAGCCAAGGAUGUACUUCCUCAGAGUGUUCGAAACCCGUAUCGAACAAGUCUACAGAGAAUGGCGGGUAGCAGUGGAUACACUGGCUGAAAUAGUGAAAAGGCAUAGACCAGAACGGAUUCUAACCGCGUUGGGGAGAUCUGGCAAUCAACGAAAGGGAAAGCGUGAGAAACAGAUAUUGCUACAACAGCGGUAUUCCGAAUGGAUCACCAACAUGACCAGUGUCGUAUCAGAUCAGUCUGAACAAAUCUCAACCACACUUACUGCGUGGGACGAAUUCGAGAAAAGGUGUACGAAGUACUUUCCAGAAGAUGUAAACUCGCCAUUGGAGACCAAGAUUGGCCACACCUUCUCAAUGAUCAAGUUGCUGAAGGUCAGACUUGACGGCUUAAGCCAGGAAAUCGCCAGGGAUCAGAGCGCACUCAGUGCACAGUUGGCAGUUGAGAACACUGGAACCGCGAAGCUUGUCAAGGCCCUGACUGUCAUUUCUAUUCAACCACUCGUCCAAUGA